AUGUCAUCUUCUGCCCUGGUAACUAACCCUUUCGGUCUACCAAGAGACCCAAGAAAUGUCGCCGGAUACGUCGCUCCAGUAGACGUUAUCAACGCCAUCUUGUUCCAAAACUCUGACGCUCUCUUCGCUUACAAGUCAUUCUCUGACCCAGCACUAUUGCACGCUGCUUUACAAAAAUGGGCUGCAGAACAACCCUCCAGCUUCUACCAAGAAUUGGAUAUCAGAUCAGGUGCAGGGUUGGCUCCAUUAGGUUACUUGAGCAACACUUCCGCAAAGAAUGCUACCAUUGUCUCUCCAGGUUAUGCCUUACCUUAUUUCCAUGAUUCUUUAUCUUCUUUGAAAAACGUCUUGUUGAAUGUCGGGGCUUUGAACUAUGAUCAAACUUCAGGUUCCAUCACCAAUGACUACUUAACUCCAUUAAACGUUGCUUCACAAUACAAUUAUAAUGUGAUUACACCAAUUAACAAUAACGAAUUGCAAAAAACAACUUUAUUAUCCUUAGCUUUGACUAAAUUUGGUGUUAACACAAUUAAUUUGUUCGAUGGUGUGUCUUCAACAAAGACAAUCUUACCAGUUAAUGCUAACGAAAUCGUGCAAGAUUCACAGGAAAUCUUAAACAAAUUGACUAAAUUGAUCUCCACACCAACUCCAUCUUUCGACUGUGUCCUAGAUAAAUUUAACCAAUUGACUGGUUGGAAAUUACACAACUUUCAAUAUUUCGGUAGUGAAACUGCUGAAACUGUAUUCAUUACAUACGGUACAUUGGAAUCUGAAUUAUUUCAAUCCAUAAUUAAUGAAAAUUCUAACCUGGGUUUAAUCUCCAUUAGAAUCCCAUUACCAUUCGAUUUGGAAAAAUUUGUUCAACAAAUUCCAACAACAACAAAGAAUUUAGUCGUCAUUGGCCAAUCAGUUAAUGAUCAAUCUCCAUCAGAUUUGAAAUCAAAAGUAUCUGCUGCCUUAUUUUACCACGGUAACAGAUCCAUCAACGUGGCUGACUUCAUCUACGAACCAAAUUUCAUCUGGUCCAAUGCUGCUGUGAACAAGAUCAUUUCUGCUUACACUUCCACAACAAUCAACACCACCAAGGAUCAAGAUGGUAAUUUGAAUGUUAUCUAUUGGAAUGAUGAUAAGAAUGAAAACUUGGAUCUAACUUCAAGAAUCUCCGUCUCUGCUGCUGCUUCCACUUCAGAAACUUUUGUCAAUUUGAGAACUAAAUUUGAUAACAUCACCAACGCAGGUACUUUCCAAGCUCAAUUGACCAUUUCUCCAUCCGCUUCAUCAAUAAUCUCCAACAUUGACGUCGCUGAUGCAUCCAUCUUGGGUAAUGUCCAAUUAUUAAAGGGGUUGAACAUUCUAACUACUUUGAAAGACCAUGCUCAUUUAAUCGUCCAAUCACCAAAGGACUUAGCUGAAUUAGAUUUGGUCAAGGAUAUAAAUGCUUACGUGAAAAACUUAUCGUUGCCCUUCUCAUUCUUGCAAUCCAUCAUUGAAAGAGGAGUCCAAUUCACUUUAAUUAACACCACUGCCAAUGAUUCUCGUUUGAACUCCAUUGUCACUCAAGCUGUAUUUUGGGAUCAAGUUGCUAAAUUAUCUUUGCCUGAAAUCGUUACUAAGAUUGUUGCAGGGAACGCUGACUGGGAACUUAAUAAUGACGAAUUGUUACAAACUUUGGAUGCCGCAUUCAAUGAUGAACAUCAAAUCGUUAAGGUCGAUUUGGAUAACUUAUCUAAAUUGAUCGUUGAAGAACAAGAAUCCAUCGCCAAAGAAGCUGCCACCGCUGCCGCUGAAGAAAAGGAAGAAGAACAAGAAGAACCAACCGUUUUGCCCAGCUUCCUUAUCGAAACAGGUUUUGGUCCAAAUAAUUCUACUGUUGCUGAACCUCAACAAAUUCAAUCCACCACCAAAUCUGAAAUUGCCAAGAUUCUAUCCUUCAAGGAUGCCUAUGGUGUGGCUAAUGAAUUAAGACCAGACUUACCAGUAGAAAACUUUGUUGUUAAAGUGAAAGAAAAUAGACGUGUUACUAAUGAUGAUUAUGAUAGAUAUAUCUUCCACAUUGAAUUCGACAUCACAGGUACUGGUCUUAAGUAUGAUAUUGGUGAAGCUUUGGGGAUCCAUGCAAGAAAUAAUCAAGAAAAGGUCCGUGAAUUCUUACAAUAUUAUGGCUUGAACGAAAAUGAUAUCGUCUUGGUACCAAGUAAGGAAGAUCGUAAUGUCCUUGAAGCUAGAACCACAUUGCAAGCAUUCACUGAAAACUUAGACCUAUUUGGUAAACCACCAAAGAGAUUCUACGAGGCAUUAACUGAAUUUGCCACUGAUGAAACUGAAAAGAACAAAUUAAAUGAAUUAAUUUCCGCUGCUGGAUCUGUUGAAUUGAAGAAAUUCCAAGAUGUGGAAUAUUACACUUAUGCUGAUAUCUUCGAAUUAUUCCCAUCUGCAAGACCACAAUUACAUGAUUUGGUAUCGAUUAUUGCUCCAUUAAAGAGAAGAGAAUAUUCUAUUGCUUCUUCUCAAAGAGUUCAUCCAAAUGAAGUUCAUCUAUUAAUUGUUGUUGUUGAUUGGAUUGACAACAAGGGUAGAAAGAGAUUCGGUCAAGCUUCGAAAUUUAUUUCUGAUUUGACUGUCGGAUCAGAAUUGGUUGUUAGUGUCAAACCAUCUGUUAUGAAAUUACCACCAUCUCCAUUACAACCAGUUAUUAUGAGUGGGUUAGGUACCGGGUUGGCUCCAUUUAAGGCUAUUGUUGAAGAAAAAUUAUGGCAAAAGCAACAAGGUUACGAAAUUGGUGAAGUCUACUUGUACUUGGGUUCAAGACAUAAGAGAGAAGAAUAUUUGUACGGUGAAUUAUGGGAAGCCUACAAGGAUGCUGGUAUCAUCACUCAUAUUGGUGCCGCAUUCUCCAGAGAUCAACCUCAAAAGAUUUACAUUCAAGAUCGUAUCAAAGAGAGCUUGGUUGAUUUGAAGAAGGCUUUCAUUGAUAACAAUGGGUCCUUCUACUUAUGUGGUCCAACAUGGCCUGUUCCUGAUAUCACUAAGGCUUUGCAAGAUAUCUUGCAAGCUGAUGCUGAUGAAAGAGGUGUUAAGGUUGAUUUGGAAGCUGCCAUUGAAGAAUUGAAGGAAGACUCAAGAUAUAUCUUGGAAGUCUAUUGA